GAGAAUUCGAGUAUUUUCACUUCCUCCCAUAGUCUGGAUCAUAGCAGUAAAAUAAAUCGAAGCUCUUUCAGAAAAUUGGGAUUCAGACUCUUGAAGUAUUCUAUUAGUUGCCCUUUUGCACCUUCAAGUUACAAUCUUUCGUACGUUCAGUAGAUAAAGUUGUUUCUCUGGUUUCAUAGCAAGAUACGAUUACUGAAUUUGGAUUCUGUAGAGGAUUCUUUGAAUAUGCAUGCCAGAAAGAAAGCAAAGACAGGCUUGAGGAGAAUGCUGCCGCAUAAAGUGAAGAAGGCUGUCACAGACAACCCUAAGAAGCUUGCUAAUUUGAUUGAUCUUGUAAAUCUUCCUUCAACACUUCGAGAGUUUGUGGGUCAGUCUCAAAUUUCUCGUUUGGGUUGCUUCAUGCGUGUCUGGUCCUACAUCAAGACCAAUAAUCUCCAGGAUCCAAACAACAAGAAUGUUGUCAACUGUGACGAAAAGCUGAAGAGUAUUUUAUUGGGCAAGCCUCAGGUUGAUCUAGCUGAACUACCGUCUCUUAUCAAACUGCACUUUCCUAAAGAGCCAAAAUAAGUUGCAAUUUGAGAUCAAGGCAUCAAUGUUCUGUUUUUUCAGGAUAAGGUUCCAGUUUCAAGUCGAAGCUUUACUAAAAUAUUUUGACUUUUUUUUUUUGGCCUUUUCUUUUUCAUUGUAGAAUUUUUGGUUUUUAGUUUUCUUUUUUUUUUUUGUUCCAAAUAUCAAAAGUGAUGUUUUUGGCAUGUAGUAUUGAUUAUUCUUUGACCGUUGGGAUAAAUCGAAUUCAUGAACAAAAGUGGUAACUUUCCCUGGAGCUCCUUGCAACUUUUCAGUGAGGAUUAAUUAUAUCCAAGGACAUGUAUCCCAUGCUUGGUAUAUCUGCUUGGUUUUUGCAUUGC